AGUGUUGACGACGAUAACAUCCAUUAACAAUCAUCAUUUCGUAAUGCAACACAGACACACCAAAGACUUUCACUUUUUGACUGAGUCUUUUUUACAUAAACCGACGUUCCGACUACAUCAUUUUACAUCGCUAUUUAUUCCAUGGUAUGUUGCACAAGAAGUAAAGAGUGGUUAAAGUCGUUGGCAUUGCUCGUUGAAAAACCAUAAACUCUUUUCAGUUGAUAUUAGUACACACAGUUUGAUACGUGAGCUCAUUCAUGUUCCAUUUUAUUUGGAUGGUUCAAACUUAAAAUAUAAAAUCGUUUCACAUUGCACUUCUUUCAUUCGAAGAGAAAUAUUUUAUAAUGGCCAAACUCUGGAUUAUUAUUGCUAUAAUUUGUGUGUUGUCACUGGGUCUAGUUUCUGCAUCUGUUCAACCGCGGGCACCGAACUUCCAGUAUUUUGAAAGACCGAAAUAUCGCUAUCCGUAUUACGACGAAAACGGACGAGGAAAACUCUUAUAUGGAUAUGGUGGGCCCGAACUUUAUCAAUACAAAAGCUAUUCGCCAUUAGAGGGAAUUCAUUGAGGAUAUUUGAUGGGGUGUUGAAUAAAUUGCAUGUUUUGUAGUUAAUUUUUUUGUUAAUUUUUUAAUAAAUUAUUAAAA